AUGCUCGGUAAAGUAAUUCUCGAAGAAGCAUUCGCUCUGCCCCGGUUUGCGGAGAGGACGAGAUGGUGGGCGUCGAUGUUUGCCGUGAAUCCAGACAAGCAUGCUCGGGAGAUGACCGACAUCAACGACAUCCGGAUCCAAUACAUGGACAAAUAUGGCGUGGGAUACCAGAUUCUCUCGUACACAGCUCCCGGAGUCCAGGACGUUUUCGACCGGAAGGAAGCAGAAGCGCUGGCGACCGAGAUUAAUGACUACCUCGCAUCGACAAUUAAGGCUCACCCAGACAGGUUUGGGGCGUUUGCAUCACUGUCAAUGCAUGAUCCAAAACAGGCAGCAGAAGAGCUUCGACGUUGUAUCACUCAGUAUGGAUUCAAGGGGGCACUAGUAAACGACACUCAACGCACAGGCUCUGACGGAGACGACAUGAUCUUUUACGACUCGGCGGAUUGGGAUGUAUUCUGGUCGACGGUGACUGAACUGGAUGUUCCGUUUUACCUGCACCCUCGCAAUCCCACCGGAACCAUGUAUGAGAAGCUCUGGGCAGCCAGGAAAUGGCUUGUCGGACCUCCUCUCAGUUUUGCUCAGGGAGUCAGUCUUCACCUCCUGGGAAUGGUGACGAACGGUAUCUUCGACCGACAUCCCAAGCUCCAGGUGGUCAUUGGGCACCUGGGCGAGCACCUUCCCUUCGACCUCUGGCGUAUCAACCAUUGGUUUGAAGAUAUUAAGAAGCCUCUGGGCCUGAAGGAGACGUGUAAGAAGACGAUCCGCGAAUAUUUUGCCCAGAAUAUUUGGAUUACCACCAGCGGUCACUUCUCGACACCGACGCUUCACUUCUGUCUGAACGAGGUUGGCGCUGAUCGCAUCCUAUUUUCGGUCGACUAUCCUUUUGAGAAGUUUGAGGAUGCGUGCGAGUGGUACGACAAUGCUGAGAUCAACGAGGUGGACAGGAGGAAGAUUGGCAAGGACAAUGCGAGGAAGUUGUUCAAGUUGCCAGAUUUCAAGGACUGUGAUGUAUGA